UUAUUGAUAAAAAUUUGAUUUGUUUUGAUCGUUGAAAAUAAUUUUGAAUUUUGCUCUAAAAAAGUGAAAAUUUAGGGAAAUAAUACGUAUUAUUUUAAUUAAUAUUUCCUAAUUAUGACUAUAUAGUUAACGAAUAAUUGAUUCAAUACAAAAUGCCGCCGUUCACAUCAAAAAAUAGCAGUCCUUGUUUUCCUAAAUUACAGCAUAAAUGUUUGGGUCGUAUGGAUGCCACUAUUCAAGAGAAUUUGAACUUCCCCGAUGAUAUAAACGAAAUCCACGUCUGUUAUGCCAAAAACAACAGCUACGUUUUACGUACGACUGUAAAAUCGUCGGAAGAAAUCGAAGAAUUCCUGAACAAAUGGACGAAAGAAAGUAGAGUCGUAUGGAGAGUGAAUAAAACUUGCCCUCGAAGAAAUGCUGCCGGAUUAAAGAACAUAUAUUGGAAAGAGUUUCGGUGCCAAAGUUCCAAUUUGAAAGUUAGCAAGAAUGCGAAGAAACUUCACAAGAAGCAUACUGGUUGCGAAGCUUAUAUGACUAUUACUAUUAAGAAAGUGGCGAAUCGGUGUAGAUCUAGAGAUACUCAUAUGCCAAAGUAUCCAACAGUCAUAAGGAUAAAUAGUAAUCACAAUCACCUGAUUCAGCACAUGGAUUAUUUGAAAAACAGUCCCGUUUCUCAGGAAACCAAAACGAAAUUCCUAAAGAUGUUCAAAAAAGGUCAUAAUGCUUUAUCGGCGUUGAAUCUUCAUCGGAUAGAUUUACAAAGAGAGUACGGUAACUCGAUUGUGUUCGCAGAAAUGGAUCGUUCGAUUUGUCCCGACAAUCAGUGGUGUUAUAGACUUUACGCUUCGUUUCUGGCCAACAAAGAAAUCGUACCAGAUAGCGACGAAGAAUGUGAAACGAACAUCAUGAUUACCGAAGACACCGAGUCACCAGAACCAGCACCACCAUCUCCCACCGAAUGUGAUAACUCUUGUGAUAUCGUCGAAAAAGCAUCAGCUAAUCAGUUAACGUACGCUGAAACCGAAUGUUGUCCUAUCGAGAACUUAAUCUACGGUGACGAUCCGUCUGUGAAAAUCGAAUACGAGUACGACGAUAUUGUUGAUGAUACAAGUAGUAGAAGUCCAAGUGUAGAAGAGUGUUUCGAAGAAGAAGAUAUUAUUGUAUCUGAACAGCAAGAUCCGCUCGAUGAAGAAGACUUCGAAAAAGACGAUCUCGUUCAGGAGACUGGUUCUUAUGAUGAAAAUCGUGUUUCUAAAGAAGAUAAUUACUAUCCACCGUCUAAUCUGACCGAGCAGGAGAUAAGAAAAUAUAUGGCGCCGUUCGUGAAAUUCAUGACGAUUAAAUUGAGAACUGCUCCGGAGCUGUAUGCGCCGGCCAUGGAUAUUUUCAAUAACAGGCUUAGGUAUUUUGAAAACGAUCUUGAGGUAUCGGAAGCGUUGUUUAAAUUUGGAAAAUGACUGAAGUUUUACCUGGCUUACCGUAAUUGUUGAUAAUUUUGUUUAUUUAUUUUAAGUACUUUUUAUGAAAACACGAGUUCGUCGAUUUUUUUCUCGUUGAACGAAUUUUCUUCAUUUUUGUAAUCAAUAUGAAUUCUAAAAGCUGAACAGAUGAUGAAUAUCUGUUUUAUAUAUUAAAUUAUUAGUUUUUUUAUGUGUGUUUUGU